AUGCCACGUUUUGGCCAUGCAAGGGAGAGAGACAAGUGUGACACCUCUCUCUUUACUCUCCCUUCUCCUCUAAGCUUCUGGCCACUUUCUCCACUCCUCCCACUCCCUUCCAGAGAAAUAAACGCAAGUGAAUCUCUGGGAACGCACAUCUCUUUUUGGAGCCCCGGAGCGCGGCCGGUGUCGUCGCGUCACCCAAGCUUCCAGUGUUCCCGACGUUCCAGGCCGAGAUACAGGGUGGUGCUGCUCAUUCUAAUUCAUCUUCCUCCCAGAUGUAACACCGUCAAGAAUCAGCCCAAGCCGAGCUCCAGGCGUGGAGAACGCUCGCCUUCUUUCCUCAGCCCCGAUCUAGACACGUUGGCUUUGUUCCUCCCUGUCCGAUCUAGUCGUUCUCGGGUCCUCAUCGUGUUCAUUGUGUUGCCGGGCAUCUCCAACGCCGUCGAUGCUUCCUGGACCUCUCCGACCCCUUUCAGCUGCACGAUUCGGAGAUUCUGGAGAGUAACGAGCCAUAUCCAGAGGAUGAUAGUGACUACCCUCAGCAGCAAGGUGAGGAUACCGGUUAUGAGUUAUGCUUCUUGUGUGGUCAUUGCUCUGCCGAGGGCGGCGAGGGCGAUGAGUGAUCUCUUGCAGUUUGGCUCUUGCCCGGUUGGUUUGCCCUAGUGGGGUUGUGGCACCACCGGUUUUAUCUUUUGCUUAUGAACUCUAUUUGAGACUUUCGCUGCUAUAUUUAUGUGUUGUAUGUUGGGACCUCGGACCCUAUUAUGUGUCAUGUAUCUUGCUGCACUUAAACCCUAUUAUGGUACUUGCUAUGUUUACUAAUGGCUUGCGAUGAAAGUGUGAGGCUAGUCGCAUUCCUGGGGACUAGCUAAGCAUGAGUAACAGGUUUUGAUCGCUUGAGAUA